AAGGCGGCGUGGCCCUGUGAGUGGUCAACAAAACAAUCUAAUCCCUUUUCUCACUCCUUCCUUCACUAUAUAAUCACACAUAACACAUCUAUUGCUAUUGCUAAGCCAAUUAGGUCAACAUGGAAGUCCUCAGCAGCCACAGUCCCUCUUCGAACGACCCCUUCGAUUUCAAUCGUGCAAGGAUUUCCCCCUAUCUCAGCGCUCCUUCUUCUCCCAAGCGUUUUGGCCAAUUUUAUUACCUAAGCGCCCCCUCAAGCCCUUCUAAAGAUUUUGAUCUUGCGGCUCACGAUGAUGAUGCCUUCGCCUUUUUCGUUACUGGGGAAUCCAAGAGCCCUCGAUCCGCGGCAGAGCUUUUCGACGGCGGCAAAAUCAAGCCGCUGAGCGAGGAUGAUUCCUCGGAGUCUGCUAAAAGCCCACUUCUCCCUGCCAAACGAUCUUCCAUAGCCCAAGGCAAGAAGGCCAUUCGCGAAGCCUUCUCGACGAGAAAGAAGAAAGAAGAGGGAGAUUUAAGUGAAGAAGAACAAGAGACACGAGGGAGAGAUAGGACUGCGAGUUCUAGUAGGGUCACGCGUUCUCUCUCUCCUUGUAACAGAAUAUCUCACUACACGUGGGACGAGGAACGCAACCAAUCGCAGAGCAACAAAGCCGACUCGCUUUCUAAGACUUCCAGGAGAUGGAGGCUCACUGACUUUUUGCUGUUCCGCAGCGCCUCCGAAGGAAGAGGUUCCAGCAAGGACCCCUUGAGAAAGUUCCCCACUUUCUACAAGAAGCCCGAAGACCCAAAAGCUUCCAACCCAGGCCCAAAGGCUAGGAGAAAGGAACCCCUCUCCGCGCAUGAAUUGCACUACGCCAGAAAGAAAGCGGAAACAGAGGAUUUGAAGAAGAGAACCUUUUUGCCAUACAAACAGGGGAUCUUGGGAAGGUUGGCUGGCUUCGGAUCAAAAUGAUUCAUCAUCACGUGCUUUUGCAACCACCGCUAUCAAUCCAAUUCCUUUUUUCUUUGCGUCAGCAAAUUGUAUUCUUUUCUUUAAAUUUUAAUAUACUACCAUCUUUUCUUCUUCUUUUUCUCAUUAUAGUAUUUUCACUGA